AUGGUGGGAGUUCAGAGAGCGCAUGUGUUGACGCCGGAGGAAGCGCAGCGGUUUGUACCACAGGGUGAGGGGGAUCUGGCCACGGUGGUUGGGCCGUGGGCGAUGCAGGAGGAGGUUAGACUGACGCAGCGUAUGGGGGUUGCGAUGAGUGCGUUGUCUGGUCGACCGAUGGGACAGAAAGAAGAAGAGGAAGAGGUAUCGGGCGGCUGGAUGUUUGACGUUGGCGGUAUCCCGCUAGCCAUGUCCUGGGCACCGCUCAUCCGCGAAGACAUCCAAGUCCUGGCUAUCGCUACGAUCCCUUUCUCUGACCAAAAGCCCAUUCGCCGACGGGAUAAUGAGUCUAAAUCGACGGGAUCCAUCCAGCUGUGGCAGUUCACACCCAGUGAUAAGAAGCCCGCAGGCCAUCUGGCGUGUCCUUCAGCAGAUCCCCCACGGUUUCUCGGCGCUCAAUGUUUCGACUGGGGACGGGCAAAGAGACUCGCGUUUUGCCCCGUACCGCUGGACGGAUCGGGGGUGUAUGGGGUGCUGGCGAUGUUAACGGAUGACGGGCUUGCGCGUGUUAUCGAGGCUAGGGUUGUUAAAGACGCGGAUGCGCCUGUUUACGAAUGGCUCGAAACCCCCCUCGCAACGCUCGGCCUAACAGACGACUACAACACCAGCGUAACCUGCCUAACCUGGGUCAACACCAACCGGCUCGCUCUCGGCCACUCCGACGGCUCCGUCACCCUCUGGUCCCUCUACCCGCGCCAACUCCUCCAACGCGUCGGCGCCCACACCACCUACAUAAUCGACAUCUGCUCGGCCUACCCCUCCAACCCUUUCCUCGUCGCCUCCAUUCCCGUCGGCGGCUGUGCCACCCUCACCGACCUCUCCCAGCCCACCUCCGAAAUGACCUACUUCCCGGUCCCCGCCAUCUCCUUCCAACCCAACCUCCUCUGCUGGAACGAACCCAUGCAAGGGUUUUUGGCUUUGUACCCUUCAUCCACCCCGAACACGACCAUCGCGUUUCUGCACCAUAGGUUUUUCUGCCAAGCGCGCAGCAUCACGACAGGGCCGAACACGCUGAUGUGUGUGUCGGCGGGGACGACACAUCCGUUUGUGCUGGUGGGGUGUGCGGAUGGGUCCGUGUUUGCGUGUAAUGCGCUGCAGAAGCUUUUUAAGCAGAAGGGUGAACCGCUGCGUAAACUCAAGGUCUUUGAGCACGAGUACCGGCCGCUGGUGUCGGCUGAUGUUUCUGACGAGCCAGCGGUUUUGUCUGAUCCGGCGAUGGAAUCUGGAGAAGCAGCUUCACCAUCCGGCUUACGAGGCGCGGUGAGGAUAUUGCAGGGGUUUCUCCCGGAGGAGAAUGAUGAUCCACGGACGGAAAAGCGUAAGGAGAUGGACCGGAAGAAAAGGGCUGCUAAAAAGAAGAAGGCUCCCAAGCGGAAGAAGACGGGAGCAGCAGCAGCUGCGGCGGAUGAAGAUGGCGAAGAUCGUGAGGCGGAACUGGAUGAGAAGCUGGCAUCGCGGGUGGUGAUCCAUGAGCCCCUGACGCGGGUGACCACGGCGGUGUGGAAUCCGAAUCUGCAGUUUAGCUGCUGGGCUGCGUGUGCCAUGGCGUCGGGGCUGGUUAAGGUGAUGGAUUUGGGGGUGGAGUGA